AUGGGUGGCAUUAGCUUGGCACUGGGUCUUGGCACUCUCUGUAUCUCCUGGUUACUGAGGCACAGGUGUAGAGGAGAUAUGAUAGAGUGUGCAGUGUCUUUGGAAGGUGAGGAUGUGGAGAAGGAGGAGGAGGUGGUGGAAGUGGAAGAUGAGAGCCUCUUCUAUAGUCUCCCUGAUUUUCCCAGUCUCUUUCCUUCUCUCCCUGCCUCUCCCAGUCUUUCUUUGCGUCACCAAACUCAUCCUCACUUUUGCCCAGACUCUCCCAGACUCUCCCAGCCCCUCACACUCUCUCCACGUGCCGCCUCAGGGAAGGAAAAAGCUCUGGGCAGGCACAACACGCUGGCGACGGUGUGCCUGCGGGACCACAACGAGAACAUCUUAGCGCAGGAGUCCAUCACGGAGAGAAUCCAGCACGUGACAUCCCGCGCCCAGCAUCUCGACAGCCUCAUGUUCCCGUCAGCCGCCACCACCUCCCCUCCAGUGCCCGCCACGCCCCCUUCUCCGCCAGCCACGCCCCCGGAGCCUGUGUCGCGGGCGGAGACUGAGUAUGAGGGCCACGCAUGCGCACCAUCACAAUUCACGUCCGUGCAGGCUCUGUGUUCAAGUGAGUGGGGAACUUGUGGGCACUGCAUGUUUAGACCACACGCUGCAUGGCACUGCUCUCCCCUGCCUCCCCCUGUCUCCCUGCAUGACGUGGACAGGCUGCCGGAUUCACGAGUGGCGCCUGGCAUUUACGGCACUGUAUUGCUAGAGCUACAGGACCUAUUCACUCCUGACGACACCAGGCCGCCCUCCGAGGAUGACCUGCCGCUUGACGAGAUCCUACGGCGGAGGUCAAGGUCAAGAACGAAGUCAGGAUCGAAGGGCAAGGAUGAUCCCGCCAGACGCCGCAGCAGGUCAAGGUGGGUGGAGGGCAAAGUCUGUGUGUUUGAAGGAGUCUCAUCACGCAGUCGGUCCACCCCGCGAAGGCUGGACGCCGAGGAGGUGAAGGCUGCGGUGACGAAGGCGAAGAAAGAGGCGCCGCAGGACCACCCUGACGCCAUCCAGCGGGCCACGAGGUCACGCUCAAAAUCUCGGGAGCGCAAAGCAGCAGCAGCAGCAGCAGCAGCAGCAGAAGCAGCAGCAGCAGCAGAGGCAACAGCCGCAGCAGCAGAGGCGGCAGCGGCACAGUCGAAGGAGAAUGGUGACGUGCAGAAGGCCGCCCCCGGGGAACCACGAGAGCCUGCCGAGGAAUUCCAAAUCCCUGUGCAGGUGGAGAGGGAAGCCCCGCAAACCCCUCCAUCACCGGAGAAGGCCUGGAAGGAGGUGAGCACGGAGACGAGGAGGACGCGCGUGGUGCUGCACGGCGGGGACUCCCAAGGGGACAGGACCCUCACUCUGGAGCACGUCACGUCCCUCAGGAAGCCAGACGACACUGUAGACUCCCGCACCGCCAGGGACUCCUACAGGUGGCACUCUCCACCCCCUACCACCACCACCACUACCUCCACCUCCUCCACCAAAGCCGCCUUCCUACCACCACCACUGCGACCCUCCUCCACUACCGCCACCACCACCGCCAUCCCCACCGCUACGUUUUCCACAAUCCAGUUACCACAAGUGGCUGCCUCCACCUCCUCCUCUGCUGCCUCUUCCUAUACUUCUUCAUCUACUUCCUCGCCCAUCCACCGUCCAGUCAUGGUCUCCGCUUCCACCUCUCCUCCACCUCUCUCUCCAGUCAGCACCACAGCUUCUUCCUCCACCUCAGCACCCAUCCACCGACCUGUUAUGGUCUCUGCUUCCACCUCUCCUCCGCCUCUGUCUCCUAUUUCCGCUGCACUGUUUUCCUCCUCCUUGCCACCUGCUCCCCAUCCACUCACGGUGUCCGCCUCUACUUCUCCUCCACCCCCUCCCGCCCCUGCGCCUCUGGUCGCCACCUCAGCCGCAGGGCAGCCCUCACCAACGGACGCUUGGCCUCCUCUCCCUCCUUCAGUGGUCGAGGCGCCCUCCUCUCAGUGGCCCUCCAGCGCUGUUUCACCGCCUCUCACCUCUUCUUAUACUACUUCUGCUGUUGCUGUUGCUGCUGCUGCUGUUGCUGUGUCGUCUUCUGCGCCUCGUCCCACGUCAACAGCUUCUACGUCUGCACAACUCUUGCCCUCCGCUGUGCCUCCUGUGUCGUUCGCACCGCAGCAACAGUCUGUCCUGACGCCUGCUUCUCCUGUGCAGCAUCGGCCUGCCGCCCCUGCUGGGGGGUCUCUAUCUCAGCGUCCUGCUGGCGUUUCGUAUAAAACACAAGUCACUGUUCCUGGCGAGGCUCCCUCUGCAUCCCAGCAGGCGUCCGUGAGGCAGCACCCUCCUCAUGCUGCCUCAGGGGACUCCACUCAGCACACCACAGUUGUUCCUUCUCUGCAGCGACCUUCUGUCUUCACUGCUGCUUCCACUCAACAAAAAAAGUCCACGGUUGUUUUCUCACAGCAGCAGCAGCAGCAGCAGCUUCCCUUCCCUCAACGCCUGCUUCUGCUUCCGCUGUAA